UAUCCCCACCCUGCCUAUCGCAUCAGCUGUGCUGCCAGGCUCGCUGGCUAGCUAGCUAGCUGGCUGGCUGGCUUACCGUCAGUCCAGUAGCAACUCUAGCAGCUCUGCCAGCUCUCAGCCAGGGACGGAUACAAAACAACAGAGCGCCAUGUUCAGCAGUCUGGCAAGCUACCUUCUUGGGAACCAAUCCUUGUCACCUGAAGCAGAGACUGCUGAGGUUCGGCUCAGGGCAGUUGAUAGCGAUGACGACUGGGUGCUGGUUGAAAAAACAGAAGAUGAUAGAUCUGAACACUCAGAAGAAUCAAGUGAGACUCUGUCUGCCUUAGAGCUCACAGUUAGUACAAUUCCUCAUCCAUUCCCUCCUCCGUACCGGUUGCCGGCAGACACGACCGAUUACCAUUCUUUAACGUGGGUGUCAUCGUCAACUCUUCCCUCUCUCUCAUUUGAAGAGUCGUGGUUUCUGACCCCACCUCCCUGCUUCACUUCAGAAGGACCAAUCCACAUGGAGACAUCUCCUCUGGAGAAUCUGCUGAUUGAACAUCCCAGCAUGUCUGUUUACCAGCACUCCUCAUCAACACACUGUUCGCUGCCCUGCCCCAGACGUCGCUCUGGCUCCACAGGCACUGCCCCCAAUUCACCUGCUUCCAGUCUCUCCGGCGAAGAAGCCGACCCUCCGCGACCCGAGCCGGCCGAGGCUGAGCAUGUGAUUGAACAAACACACUCCACGGCGCAAGCCACACCACGACAGCGACAUGCCAUUUAUUCGCUGCACAAGCAACAAGAGAGAGAGUGUCUCCCAAUCAGGUCUGCGCAGAAAUUACGGCAGCGCAGAGCUUGUCAGCUUCUGAAACGUAACCACCUGGAUCGUAGUAACAAGGCUCGUGAAAUAAACUCUAGAAACAAAUGUCAACGACGAUCCGACCACAUGCAGCAUCACUCAGGGGCCAACAAUAACCGAAAGUGCUAGCUUUAAACCAACAUACAUUGAUCUCAGUCUACAGGGUGUUCUAUAUCAUAGAAGGACAUCAAGGAAAGAAAGGCCCAUGUAUCAUUUUCAUACGUGCACUGCAACCUGUAUCUAAAAUUAAUAACCACAACAAAUGUGUUCACAGAGCCAUCACCUGCAAUGCUCUUUCUUAGCAUUGAAGCAGCCUUAUACAUCAUUCUUACGUGCAAUCCUGUUGAACUCCAAAAUCUACAAAAACAUACAAUUGAGACUUCUGAGUGAAUAGAAGGUCAUGUUCAGGAAUUCUCUAUGGGUACUUAAGUAAACUUCUUGUAUUCCCCUUUAAAUGGCCUGGCAGUCAUUUAAAUGAUCACUUGAAUUGGAAUCCCGAGGCUUCGUAUUAUGGCAUUACGGCCAGAGAAUAAAGAUAAGCUUACAGGAAGACAUUUUUUUGUUAUCGAGUAAUUCAAAGCCAGGUUAGAGAGACCACAGAAUGAAUUUCUGAAAUUCCAGAUACUAGUAACUACUAAACAUGUUUUGGAUGUGCUGUGGAUCACAGCUUGUCAAAUUUUUCAGAACUUAAAAAAUGCUGGCAACUUUUUUUUUUUUGAGAAGAAUUUUGCAAAAUUAAACUUU